AUGUGGAGGAAACAGGUGCGAGACUGCCCUCAGACCAGUGCCACCUUCAUCAGAGUUUCCAAGGAGCUGAAGAACAGAGACGAGUACAACCAGGUCCUCUUCUCUGGCUUCUGUCGGAAGGUGAAUAGAUUCAACAAAAGCACGGACCGAGGACUGCUCAUCACAGACAAGUGUGUGUACAAAUUAGAGCCCAAGAAACAGUUCAAGGUUCUGAAGAGGCUUCCCUUAGACGAUUUGACAGGAUUGAGUGUGACCAGCGGGGCUGACCAGAUGGUGGCGCUGCACACGACCUCCCAGGAUGACGUCCUGCUGUGUCUGCAGCGAGGGGAGCUGUGCUCCAACCAGGACCGAGUGGGGGAGCUGGUGGGAGCGCUGGUGGAUCAUUUCACACGUUUAAGAAAUGUCCCAUUUCCAGUGAAGGUUUGUCCCUUGGCUGUGCAGCUUCACAUGCGGGGAAAACCAAAGAGCGUCAGCGUGGAAAGCAAACCGGGACAGAACAACGCAGAUUUCAAGAAGAGUCGAGAUGGUUUCAUCCUGCUCGUCCCUGCUAACUAACAAUUCUGCCAGAAGAACCUGACCUCAGGAAGUGGACGCUCUGCAUUUGAGGAACUGGUCCACCCUCACGCUCUUUAGAUUGUUUAAAUAUUUGUCCAAAGUAUAAACAGCUGAGUCUGCUUUCUUAACUAUAAAGCUGCAGGAGGGCAAUGUUCAGCAGACAAUAACAGAAGUGUUGAAUAGAGAAAUUAGGAGAUUAUUAUGUUGUAAAAACUGCAAAGUUGCCUUACACAUGUAGGAUACUGUUUGCUUUUAUGUUACAAGAUAUUUGAAGAUGAAACAAAAACAUAAAUUGGAGCACUCUUUUAAUGACAAAUUGUACAUCACAAUGCAUACAAACAACCAAGAGAAGAAUUCCAGAUAUAUUUUUGUACAUUUGAGUGGAACUUUAAUAAAAUGAAUACUCUAUUGUACCUUGUCUCAUUAAAAAAGGCAGGCUGAGACAAUUAUUCCAUGUCAGAAGUAAUGAGAAGGAGAAUGAAAAUGUAUU